AUGUCUUCUCAUUACACCACGGAACCUCCUCCGACUGCAUCCGUCCUAAUCUUUACGACUGCGGGCCCUCUUACCGUUUCAUUGUUUGCGAACCAAACGCCGUUGACCUGCAGAAACUUCCUCCAACAUGUUCUCGACGAAGACUAUACGAAUAAUAUCUUCCACCGCGUCUCCCCUGGCUUCGUCAUUCAGACAGGCGAUCCCACGGGAACUGGUGAAGGUGGACAGAAUAUAUAUGAGGACCGAGAAUUUGAAAGAUAUGAUGAGGAUUGGGCCAGAGUUAUGGGGCGGGAGAAGGAUGAGAAAAUCCACUUUGGAGAUGAGGUGCAUUCCAGACUGAGGUUCAAUCGGAGAGGACUGGUAGGCAUGGCCAAAGGCACUGGUAAUGGAGCGGGUUAUGGUACCCAGUUCUUCAUCACCCUGGGAGAUUGCAGGGCAGAGCUGGAUGGCAAAUGUACCAUGUUUGGUCGUGUCGAAGGAGAAGGCAUCUACAACGUGGUCAAAAUUGCCGAGGGCGAAUUGGUUGAAGGAACUGAAAGACCCAUAUAUCCCGAGAAGAUUCUCAAAAUUGAAAUCCUCGAGAUGCCCAAGGGUGAGGCAUGGCAGAAGAUGCGGGCGAGGAACAAAGUGGCCGAGCGCGUUGUGGAGGCUCCCACCAAGAAGAAGGCUUCCCAAAAGAAAGGAGGCAAGGCUUUACUUAGCUUCGGCGGCGAAGAUGGCGAAGAGGAUUCCGGCGACGUUGCAGCUCGACCGAAGAAAGCAAAAUUCAACCCGGCCCUGAUUGAUGGGGGAGAUGUCCCUGACCCAGAACCAAAAAGAAAUGGUGCUCCUGAGAACCGAAAACAAAGAUCACCCUCACCGCGACCUAUAAUUCCCCACAAGCGUAAAGCAAGUCCACCUCCUCUCGACACGUCACCAUCCCGGAUACAGCGCCGUAAGCCAUCAUUCCACGACCCAAAUACACAACUACCCCUCCGCGACCCCGAAUCGCCCUCUCGUUCACCUACACCGACAGAAGGACCUGUCGUGUCCAAAACAUCCAGCUUAGAGGCAGAAAUAGCCGCCCUCAAAGCAUCCAUGAGGCGAAACGUGUCCACCAAGACCAAGGACUCCAAACACAAGAAAUCCGCCUUGGAAUCUUUGAUUCCGGCGACAAGCACACGAGGCCGCAAACGACCUCGGCCAGGCGAAUCGAACGCGCACGACGAUGCCCACGCGCUGAAAAUGCUGAACGCGUUCAAAGCCCGACUCGAAUCGGCGGACACGAACAAAGCACCCUCGAAACCCAACGGCCAGAAACACACAUCACCCGCUCACAGCACGAUACCGGACUCCCAAAACCGCCCUCCAGAUUCCAGCACUGUUGCUGACGACGACGAAGCGCCGCUCUGUGACCUACAUUUCAUUGCAAACUGCCAGUCCUGUUCCAGGUGGAACGAACAGGGCGCCAACGCCGACGCGGAGUCCGACAACGAUAAAGAGUGGAUGAACCACUCGUUGUCGUUCGCCAAGGAUCGACUCGGCAAAGACUUGACGUGGAAGAAGAAGAACGAAGAGGAACUCGUGGUCAUUGAUCCAAGAGAGCGGGAGAAGGAGCUAAAGUCAGAGAGGAAGCGCGACAGAGACAAAGGCAAGGGCAAGGGCAAAGACAGGCGGUGGUGA